GUUGACAUUCUCAAUUGUUGGAGGCUGGUUACUCUUAGUGGUGACCCUGGGACACUGGUCAGGUCUAGGAUACCCGAAAGCUAUUGUUGCUGCUUCCGGCCUUUAUAUGCUGACUUUUGGAAUUCUUGGACUGAUACCCGCGCCAAAGGUCCCGAGAAAAUGAAAGCGCCCAUGUAGCAUAUUUGUAGUGAUAAAGGAUGUGUUGUAUGCGUUCUGUAUGGUUUAUUGUUGGAGAGUCGGACACCGGCACAGCAACCCGUUUCUGGAAUCAUAAUACUGACCAAGCUCACUUCUCACCGCCAUCAUCAACCCUAUCCUCCUGGUUCUUCUUCUGAUAUGUACAAUGGGUAUGGCGCAUCUGGCCCAGCAAUCACCAAUAAUCCCUUCGUAACCGAUCCCACCAACUCAGAGGGUCGCUUUCCUGAUAUUUCAGGCGCAGACCAUGCCAACGGCCAAUUCACAUCGUGGCUUCAGCCCAGCGCAAGCUCGUCAUACCAACAGCAGCAGCAGACCGGUUUCCAGCAGCAGCAGUAUAAUUCCAGUUACAGCUCACCGGGAGGGUAUAUAACCCCCCUCAGUCCACAGCAAACCUCUGGUUUUGGUCAGCUAUGGAUGGGCCAGCCUGUGGCAUCAGGUCCCCAAGGAAGCAGCUAUGGAUAUUUGCAAGGACCCACCACUCAACCACAGUCACAAGCAUAUAAUCCGGUACAACAGCAGCUCCAGAACACCCCCGGUUAUGUGGCUCAGUUCGAUCCUUAUUCAUCUGUUGGCCAAGGAUGGGAGGGCUCUACCAUAAAUCCCACUCCCACCCAACAGCAACCGCCGAUUACAUCUAAGUCGCCCACAGGCUUUUCACACCCGCGGGAGUACCUACGCACGCACAAGGCUGAACUCGAGUCGUGGGACACAUACGCAUGGAAGCAAUUGUUGGGCUCAUUUGAUGCAGUCAAAGAUGCGUGGGAGGCAAGGAAGAAGGAGAUGCAGGACAAUAUUGGGCGGCUCAAUGUGCAGAUGCAGUAUGGAGGUGGUGGAUAUCAUCUUGCGCAGAUACAGCAGGAAAUGAUGCGUCUUCAAGGGUUGAUGAAGGAAGCCGAUUUAAACUUCGAUUCCGUAGCGGCGUCCUCGUUUCAGAUGCACGAGGUGUUUCAGAAUUAUCGCCAGUCGGGUGAUUUGGCUAGUAAACGUCGUGUUCGGGAGGCUUGCAAUGCUGCGCUCACAGCUCUUCCGGAUUGGCCGCCACAGAUAUAUUGAUUGUGACCUGCUUUCUUUUGUGUUCAAUCUGCGUGGUUGUGUCUUGCAGUACUGUAUAUUGGCCCCUGCUCAUUUCAUUUACACCUUAACCCAGUGAAGACGUUAUUAGUAUGCAUACAAUAUUCGGAUAUAAGUUACGAUGUACAACAUGUGCAAUAUGAAAGGUAUCAAAUAAUCAGACAGUC